CAGUCAGUAUGACCCAUUGGGCUACCUCAUUCCUUACACCACUCGUGCCAAGAUUCUUGUACAACAACUGUGGGAUAAAAAACGGGAUUGGGACGAUCCACAUUUGCCUACAGAUCUGCUACAAACAUGGACUGAGUGGGAGGCAGAGUUACCAGCUCUACAAAACAUUGUCCUUCCUCGAUGUUACUGUAGUGCCAACAAAGACACAGAAACGAGCCUAAGAGAUAUGCAUGUUUUCUGUGAUGCCUCUGAACGUGCUUAUGGCUCGGUGGCAUACCUUCGAACAGAGGACCAGUAUGGACAAGUGGAGGUGGCAUUCCUAACCGCCAGAUCUCGUGUAGCACCAAAAAAACAACAAUCUAUCCCCAGACUAGAGUUGUGCGCUGCACUGACUGGAGCUCAACUCUCCAAAGUACUCUUAACUGAACUGAACCUGCCCAUUCGCCACACAAUCUUGUGGACCGACUCCACAACAGUACUGGCAUGGUUACAGUCUGAAUCAUGUCGAUUCAAAGUAUUUGUUGGUACUCGGGUUGCAGAGAUCCAGGAGCUAACUGAGCAACACUCCUGGCGAUAUGUACCCUCCACCAGCAAUCCAGCUGACGACAUCACUCGGGGAAAGAGUCUCUGCGAGCUCAACUUGGAAAGUUGCUGGUACCAAGGACCACAUUUCCUAAAAGAUCCGGCUAAUCAGUGGCCCGAAUGUCCUAGUCCUAAGGAAAUAGACAGAGACGAACUACGCAAAACUGGUACACAUGUACAGGUCUGCUUCGCAUCAUCAGAUUACAGCCAGUUUAAGACCCUGGAGGAACUAAUUGAUUUCACAGCUCUUCAAGGGGCGGCCAAUGGUAACCCCACAGCCAGUGACUAUAGGCGUGCUGAGAUUGAUGUCCUGCAAAAAUCCCAACAAGAAUCCUUCCCAUCAGACCUGACCCAGUUAAAGGCUGGUAAAUCACUUUCCAGCAAUAGCAAGCUAAGAGCCCUGACGCCUGAACUUGAUAUCGAAACUAAUUUAAUCAGAGUUGGCGGACGUCUACGACAUAGUCCAUAUCUGGGACCUGAUAAUAUGCACCCCAUCAUCUUGGAUCCAAGACACCCGACAACCAAGCUUAUAAUUCAAAGUUACGAUUCAAAACUUCGUCAUCCAGGUCCAGAGAGAUUGUUUGCCGAAAUCCGCCGGAAAUACUGGAUCCUGCGUGGUAGAGAGGCCAUCAAGCACUUACAACGAGAAUGUUUACAUUGCCAGAAAUGGAGGAAGAAACCAGAAGUACCUAGAAUGGCCGACCUUCCUCCAGCAAGAUUGCGGCUCUUUAAGCCGGCCUUCCACUCUACUGGCAUGGACUGUUUUGGGCCUUAUACUGUCAAAACGGGGCGACGCAAUGAAAAGAAAUGGGGAAUAAUAUUCAAAUGUCUUACCACUAGAGCAGUGUACAUCGAUAUACUUCACAGUCUGGAAACCGAUUCCUUCCUUAUGGCUCUCAGGCGAUUCACAGCUCGACGAGGAAAGCCACAGGAGCUCUUAUCUGAUCAGGGAACCAACUUUAGAGGUGGUGAGAGAGAGCUGAAGGAAGCUUUCACAGCUCUUGCCCCUGAUCUGCAGAGUCAACUCGCCAAACAGCAAAUUGAAUUUCAUUUCAACCCUCCUAAUUCACCCCACUUUGGAGGUUGUUGGGAGCGAGAAAUUCGCUCUUUGAAGAAUGCCUUGAUGGUCACGCUUGGAAAUCAGUCAGUGACCUUUGAAGUUCUUCAAACAGUGCUGGCAGAAAUUGAAGGAAUUCUGAACUCCAAACCAUUGGGAUAUACCUCAUCUGAUGCUUCCGACUCUAAUCCCAUUACUCCAAAUUGUCUCUUAAUGGGGCGGCUGGAUGCCUCACUCCCCCUGACAGUGUACCCCCAGUCAGAACUGGUCAGUAGACGUCGAUGGCGCCAUAGUCAGAUCCUUGCGGACCAAUUCUGGAGACACUACAUCAAAUUCUACCUCCCUGGUCUUCAAAGCCGCCAGAAAUGGCAAAAUGAUACUCCAGACACUCAAGUUGGCUCUACAGUGCUGAUAGUUGACCCACAACUACCAAGAUCACUCUGGCCUGUAGGAAAAGUGGUAGACGUACACCCUGGAGCCGAUACUAGAGUGAGGACAGCCAAAGUUCAGGUGGGAAAAAAGACUUACACACGACCAGUAGCCCGCCUCAUACAACUACCUGCUAUUCCAGAUUAAAUUAAGCUUAAAUCCCACAACAGUAUAAAGCCUUUUUUGUGUGUGUACAUAUUUCUUACAUAAAUAUGGGGGCGGCUGUAAAAAAGGCUGCAGCUUAUAAGUGCAAUUCUAACCUCUGUCUUUUGUCCUUUAUGAUGAGGCACCCCGCAUACACCAGAACACGUUACCUGAGCCAAUCAGCGUCCAGGAUCUGUGACUACGCAAUCUUCCCCACCCAAACAGAUUUUUAGUUUCUAGUGUAGCGAGACACAUAGACGGAUGCUAAAGUUUGCGAGGAAUAGAUCACGGACUGUUUUCAUCAUUGUUUGUCAGCGGUUGCCACAAGUGUUGUGCGUGAAUGCAGAAAAAAACCACAACACAAGUGUCAUAAGUCAAGUCUGUUGAGUGGUGACAAUAAAUGGGUUGUUCACACAAA